AUGGCACAAGAGCGAAUAUAUUUAGAUGAACAUAUUCGAUUUAUAAGUCAUGAUUCUACCAAAUCAGGUGAAAAGCACAAUAUUUUGGCCAUUUAUAAUGUACCAAUAUGUUUCAAAUUAAUCGCGAAUCAACAAACGAUAUCACUUCGACAAUUAAAACUAGCAUUAUUAUGUCUUAUUCGAAAACAUAUAAUAUUGCGUACAUCACUGAAUUAUGAUGCAGCAAAAGAUUGUUUAACGCAAACGAUAAAACCGAUGCUGAACGGCGACGAUAACGAUCAGUAUUAUUCGUUUCAGUUAACUAAAAUAUCAUCGAAACAUGAGUUAGAACAAAUCCUGUACGAUGAAGAAACAAAUCCAAAUUAUUUUAAAUUAGAGCUGGGCAUUGUAUUUCGUUGUCAUCUCGUUCGAUAUCAUGAUGAUAAUGAUUUAUUACAUGAAAAUGAUUUGAUUAUUUUUAAUUUUCAUCAUAUUGCAUGUGAUGGUAGUUCAACUGAAAUAUUUUUCAAUGAUUUACAUUUAGCCUAUUGUAACAAAUUGGCAGAUGUUAGUAGCAUCGAUAAUUCAUUACAAUAUAUUGAUUAUAGUAUACAUGAACGACAAAUGGAUAUGCAAGACGCUAAACAUUAUUGGAAACAAUUAUUAGACGGUUACUCUAUUGAUAAACAAUUGGCAUU